AUGGAUUAUUUAAUUGACUGCAACCAACUAGGUAGUAACACAUGCUUUGUAUUUCUUUCUUUUUUUCCCUCCCUUUUUAAUUUAGGCAAAGGAGGUAAAAAUAGGCGACGAGGUAAGAAUGAAAAUGAAUCAGAAAAACGAGAACUGGUGUUCAAGGAGGAUGGGCAAGAGUAUGCCCAGGUGAUCAAGAUGUUAGGCAAUGGAAGACUGGAGGCAUUAUGUUUCGAUGGUGUGAAGAGGUUAUGUCAUAUCAGAGGGAAACUAAGGAAAAAGGUUUGGAUAAAUACAUCUGAUAUUAUAUUGGUGGGCUUAAGAGACUAUCAGGAUAACAAGGCUGAUGUUAUUCUAAAGUACAAUGCAGAUGAAGCCAGAAGUCUGAAAGCAUAUGGGGAGCUCCCAGAACAUGCUAAAAUCAAUGAAACAGACACAUUUGGUCCUGGGGAUGAUGAUGAAAUCCAGUUUGAUGAUAUUGGAGAUGAUGAUGAAGAUAUUGAUGACAUCUAAAUUGGAACAGAGGUUUACAUUCCAACUUUCUUCCUCCCAGGAUAAUUCUACAUUGAUAUUUCGAUUAUUUUUUGGGUGAAGUCCCUUUCUUUUAAGAAGACUGAAAAUUCUUGGUAAAGAGUGUAGUUUGUUACAUCAAAAGGAUUUAUUUUCAAUGUUUGUUUUAAAGUAUUUAUAUUUCUUUAGAAAUGGAUAAUGCUGGAUUAUCACAAAGGUUAAAUGAAAUGCCACAGAUAUUUUGUGUCUUCACCAAUUAGAGCUUUUACCUCUGGAUGUAAGCGAGAUGCAGUGACAUGGGCUGUAAAAGACUGCAUUCCUCCCUCUUCUGCUUUCAUCACUACAAUUCCAGUUACACUUGUAUUUCCAAAUAAAAAUUGCUUACCCUGUAACUAUCAUGGAUUUUGAUUAAAUACCCAGUUCAGAUUAGUAUCAA